AUGGCAGCAGCAGCAGCAGUCAAGCCACCGGCACUAAAAAAGCGCAACAGAAAAAGAAAAAGACGGGCAGCGUCCUCGUCCUCAUCUUCCUCAUCUUCGUCUUCGUCGAGCUCAGAAGAAGACGAACCUGAGCCUAAAAAACCCAUUCCGACUCGGACUCUGAAAGCGACGUCCCUACCAGAGGACGCCCUGAAGCCGUUGCGGAGGCCCCCUCGUGCGCAGAAGAGACAAUCGCCUUCGCCUUCGCCACCUCCGACUGAAAUCCCUUCCUUCAUACCCGCCGCGGGGGCCGCUCCAGCCAACGAGCAAGAGUUGAAGGAUAGGUUCAGAAAAUUCUGGAUGGCCUCUGUGGCUGAUGGCUUCCGGGAUGAUUUGGAAGAAAUACGAAAGGAACCCAACCUGGGUGCUGCUCGUCUCUCUCUACUCAUAGAUUCUUUAGCCUCAGGCUGCCGAGGUGUUUACAGUCCACAUCUUCGAAAGCUGCUAUUAACGAGAUGGAAGUCAUCUUGGAGUAGAGCGACGAUACGAACGUUGUCUUGGAGUCGAUAA